UGAUUUGAGUGAUGAUAUACGUUAAUCGAGUUUAUAGAUCGUGUAUCGUUGUUACACAUGUGUGUUUACGAUCAUGAUUUUGGCUUGAUGUUAGCGGAUUUUGAUUAUCUCUUUUGAUUGAAUUCGAGUAUUUGAUUGCUGAUAGUCGUUCGUCGUCAAAAAUUUUUUUAAAAAAUUGAUGUUUAUAGAUUGCGUAUCGUCACGAAUUUGUGCUUACGAUCAUGAUUUUGACUUGAUGAGUUGAUGUUCGCGGAUUUAGUUUAUCUCGUUUGAUUGAAUUCGAGUAUUGGAUGACUGUUAAUAUACUUUCAUCAAUUGACGUUUAUAGAUCGCAUAUUGUUACGAUAUUUUGUAUUUAUUAUCAUGAUUUAGGCCUAAUUUACGGAUUUAGAUUUAUCUUUCGAUUGAAUUUAACUGCUCAUAUAUGUUCAUCGUCUAAAUUUGUGACGAAAUUUGAUGUUUAUUAAUCAUGUAUCGAUACGAGUGUGUGUUUACGAUCAUGAUUUUUCUUGAUGUGUGCGGAUUUCGUUGGAUACUGUGGUCAAUUCUUCGGAUCGAGUGACUGUGAUAUCAAAUUGAUGAUCAGAUUAUUGUAUAAUUGUAUUUUCUGAUGGUGAUUGAAGUGGAGAAUAGAUUUGAAAGGAUGUUUUUUACUUUUAGUUAUGUGGAUGAUUGUAAUUUAAUGCAUAUAAUUGGACAGUUGAUCAUCAUCUGUUGAAUGUUGAUGAUUGAUCCGUGAAUUGGUGAGUUUGACCAUGAAAGUCAGCUUUUUGACUCGGUUAUCAUUGUCAGGGAUAGGCUGCAAUGUGUCCUUCAUCAUGUGUUCCACUUGCAGCCGAAAAUGAAUAUUGGACGAAUGAGGCGAUCUGUAUGUCCUUAUUCAACUUCAAAAGCGGGAAACCUCUGCCCGUAAAUGUAACUUCAGAUGUAAAUCCUUACCAACAUAAACCCUCAGAUCUAUCUGCUGGUUUAUGGUACUUGUGCUCUGGGGUAAAAACGGAUGCAGGGUAUGGAUUCUGGCAGGAAACCGAGGCGGCUUGUGAGAUAUUUUCUAACUCUGUCAUCCUUGGUUUAAGAACUACCCUUCAGUUUCACGAGGGUCGGGCCCCACAUGGACGAAAGACUGAUUGGGUGAUGCAAGAAUAUAGAAUAACCAACAAGUAUGACAAUGAUCCGAUGGAUCUUAGAGCAUUAUGCAGAGUGUUUUUGGUUGAUGAAAAUAGACCACCCUCUGGGCACUGCAGUGCCGAUAUUAACGUCAUAAUCUCGAUUGACUUCGGGCAAAAAGCAGUUUCGACCAGUGAACUUGUGGGGAAAACUGUGGAAAACAAAUCAGGACUGUCACCCAUGACCAGGGGAUCUCCCGUUUGUUUUCUUGAAAACUCGUCCGAACGGGAUUGUAUUUUGACGGGAGACUACAUUGAGUUAAACGAUCUUGUUGAUCCGGGAUCGUGUUCUUCCAGUUCAUCCGAUUCAAGUGGUUUGACCAUGACUUCAGAAGAAUACUUUGAUUCCAUGGCUCUCUUCCAAGAACUUGAAGAUGAUAUGAUAGAUCAAGAAGUGAAAGAUUCAAGUGGCAAGUUAAAUCCUUCUGCACCUGCAAAGUCAAAAGAAGUGGUGUUACACGCUGCCACUUCAGUGGCAUCUCCGGUAAACAAUAAAGAGUGCAAACCUCCGGUCAAAGAGACCUCCAAAGCCGAAAAGAGGACCGCAAGCACUUCAAAUGGUGUUAACAUAACAUCUUCUUCAAGUAUUUCUGAAAACACAUCCAAAGAGGGAAACAAUGAGCAUGUUAGAAGGACCAAAAGGCGUAAAAUUAUGAAGUAUUUAUGUUUCUUGGCAUUUUGAGUAAUUGCUUGCAUAACAAGAAAUGUUUCUUGAGAUAGAAGAAACCAUGACGAUUGAAGAUCGAAUCUAGUCGGGUAAUUUUUUUUUCCCGAUCGGCGACUUUCAUUAAAACAAUCUGGUCGGGUAAAUGAGGUGGGGUUUUUCGAUACUGAUGGUAAGAGGACGGGAAAGACAACAAAACUUUCAUUUGUGUUGUAAGAUAAUACGUAGAUAGUGUCAAUGGUAUGUGUAACACUUGUACAGUGGUGAUUUCAUAUUUACUUGUUUUGUAAUCGAUAUUGUAUAAUAUGUAGAUAGUGUUAAUGGUAUGUGUAACACUUUUAGAGUGGUGAUUUCAUAUUCACUUGUUUUGCAA